AUGAAAACUCACCUUACAUACAGGAGUCCUCGUACAUACAGUAGUCCCCAUACAUACAGCAGUCCUCGAACAUACAGUAGUCCUUGUACAUACAGCAUUCCUCGUACAUACAGUAGUUAUCGUACAUACAGUAGUCCCCGUACAUACAGCAGUCCUCGAACAUACAGUAGUCCUCGUACAUACAGCAGUCCUCGAACAUACAGUAGUCCUUGUACAUACAGUAGUCCUCGUACAUACAGUAGUCCUUGUACAUAUAGCAGUCCUUGUACAUACAGCAGUUCUCGUACAUACAACAGUCCUAGUACAUGCACUAGUCCCCAUACAUACAGCAGUCCUCGUAUAUACAAUAGUCCUCGUACAUACAGUAGUCCUCGAACAUACAGUAGUCCUCGUACAUACAGCAGUCCUCGUACAUACAACAAUCCUCGUGCAUACAGUAGUCCCUAUACAUACAGUAGUCGUACAUACAGUAGUCCUCGUACAUACAGCAGUCCUCGUAUAUACAGUAGUCGUCGUACAUAUAGCAGUGCUCGUUCAUACAGCAGUCCUCGUACAUACAACGGUCCUCGUAUUUACAGUAGUUCUCCGCUAACAAAUAGUGGUUCUCGUAAAUACAGAGCUUGCGGUAGUCAUCGUACAUACAGUAGCCCAGGCUCUUACAGUAGUCCCCUUACAAACAGUAGUCUUCCUAUAUACAGUAGUCAUCCCACACAGAAAAGUACUCGUACAUACAGUAGGCCUCGUUCACACAACAGGCCUCGUACAUAUAGAAGUCCUCUUACAUACAGCAGUCCUCGUACAUACAGCAGUCCUCGUACAUACAGCAGUACUCGUACAUACAGUAGUCCUCGUACAUACAGCAGUCCUCGUACAUACAGUAGUCCUCGUACAUACAGCAGUCCUCGUACAUACAGUAGUCCUCGUACAUACAGAAGUCCUCGUACAUACAGCAGUCCUCGUACAUACAGCAGUCCUCGUACAUACAGCAGUCCUCGAACAUACAGUAGUCCUCGUACAUACAGCAGUCCUCGUACAUACAGCAGUCCUCGUACAUACAGAAGUCCUCGAACAUACAGUAGUCCUCGUACAUACAGUAGUCCUCGUACAUACAGCAGUCCUCGUACAUACAGUAGUCGUCGUACAUACAGCAGUCCUCGUACAUACAGUAGUCCUCGUACAUACAGCAGUCCUCGUACAUACAGCAGUCCUCGUACAUACAAUAGUCCUCGUACAUACAGCAGUCCUCGUACAUACAGUAGUCCUCGUACAUACAGUAGUCCUCGUAUAUACAGUAUUCCCCGUACAUACAGCAGUCCUCGUACAUACAGUAGUCCUCGUACAUACAGCAGUCCUCGUACAUACAGUAGUCCUCUGGUCCUCGUACAUAAAGAGGUCCGCAUACUAUAUAGUCCUUGUACAUUCAACAGUCCUCGUACAUACUGUAGUCCUCGUGCAAACAGCAGUCCUCGUACAUAA